AUGAGUGGUAAGUCACGACACUUGACGAAAUCGCUCACUUUAGGGCUAUCGAAGUUCUAUCGCUCGACUCUGUUCCAGAUCCUGAUCGUCGGGCUCUGUGCCUUCUGCGCACCAGGUAUCUGGAGUGCGAUGAACGGCCUCGGUGUCGGCGGCUCACAAUCUCCUGAUCUCGUGAAUGCAGCCAACGCUCUGCUGUACGCAUUCAUGACUGUCUUCUGCUUCCUCGGGCCAUGGUUCACGAACGUCCUCGGAUUCAAAUACACCCUCGCACUCGGCGCACUCGGCUACCCGCUGUACGCUGCUGGACUCUACGUCAACAACCGCACUGGUGCUACGUGGUUUGUCUACUUCGGCAGCGUUGUCUGCGGCAUCACGGCAGGGUUGUUCUGGAGUGUCGAGGGUGCUGUCGCGACUGGUUACCCCGAGGCCCAUAAGCGAGGACGGUAUGUCGCCACCUGGUUCACCUUCCGAAACGCUGGAAACAUCAUCGGCGGAUCGGUUAGUCUGGCGCUGAACCAUGCUGUGGCCAAGCGAGGCAAGGUCGGGUACGAAACGUACCUCGCCUUCAUCGCGAUCCAAUGCCUAGGCUUCUUCUUCGCCCUCUUCCUCUCCAACCCAGAGAAGGUGACCCGCGACGAUGGUACGAAGAUCGCGGCUCCGCGUGGUACGAAGCCUCUUGCCGAAGCAAAGGAGAUGUGGCGACUCAUAACGUCGCGCCAGAUCUUGCUCCUCACACCGCUCUUCGUGUACUUUGGCUGGCUGCAGGCAUACCCCGGAACGUUCCUCGCGACGUACUUCACGGUACGCUCCCGCGCUCUCGGCAGUUUGUGCUACGCCCUCAUGGGCAACGUCGGCACGUGGCUGGGCGGAUUGCUCGUCGACGUUCGCUGGCAUCCGUCACGCAAGGUUCGCGCCAUCACUACCUUCGUGCUCCUCGCGGUGAUGAACACGGCAACAUGGAUCUGGGCUGUGAUAAUCCAGGAAGAGUACUCCCGCACGCACCCCCUCCUGGACUGGGCGGACCAGAGUACCUUCGGCCGCGGCUUUGGUGUGUUCAUGUUUGAGCGCCUCAGCUUCGCCCUCGUCGAAAACUACGUCUACUGGUGCAUCGGCAACCUUUCCGACUCCCCCGGUGACCAGAUCCGAUACUCGUCUCUCCUGCGUGGGAUCGAGACUGCCUCUGUCGCUGUAAGCUUCGGUGUGCAGGCUGUCCCGACACCGCUCCUCAUCACUGCAGCGCUCAACCUGGGCAUCUGGUUUGCUGCACUGCCGUUUGCAUUCUACGCUACGCUCCAAGUUGUCCGCAAGUUUGAAGAGCUCAACCGAAGGGGUUCGGAGAGCACUGAGACGGACAGCACCGACUUUGAGGGCAAGGCGGAGGAGAAGGUCUGA